AUGCCCCUUCUCCAGCUCCGACCCCAUCCGUUCACUUCCCUGCCUGCCCAUCCCUCUCUGCCUGCAGAUGUGGUCCGCCCGGAGCUAAGACAGUUCACCUGCACGGCUCUCCAAGAAGCUCUGGAGCUUCUCCACUCCGUCCCCUCCACCUUCACCGCAGACCCAAAACUUCGCGCGUCCCCCCGUCACAGGCGAAGGUCAAGCUUCUCAGGCUAUGGCGUAAACCAUCUGAUGCCCCGGACCCCAAAGAUGAAGCAGAAUUCUGGCGAAUUUGAGGCCGGUUUGAAAUCCGAACAUGCCGAGCAUGAGAUGGAGUAUACACCUAGUGUCAGUAAUGUCAAGCGACUGCUGGAAUGGGCUGCGCCGCAGAUUGGGGAGGUCGAAGUGGAUGGCGUGCGGUUUAGAGACGUGAAUAUCGAAGUUAACCUGAUAACGCAUACUUUCCGCCCAUCGGCGCUGAUUGCCCCGCGCUCGUUUAUCACCCUGGCUAUCUCCGCCGCCUACGACACUCCACAGAAAAGCUUCUGCACUGUUCAAAUUCCCCUCCGUGCAGAUUCCUCGUCGACCCCGGAAACGAUACUCCGUCAAAUCUCCUCUUCUGUGCCCAAAAAAGCAAUAUUUGCCAGCUAUGCAAGCGUUGAGCGUGUUCGGCUACUGUCCACGACACCUUCCUCUCAAUCAUUAGCGGACCCACCCCGCAUUGAGUGGACCAUGGCCACAACUUCCGACGCAGGGGGAUCCAUCCCACAGUGGGUUCAACGGAGUUGGACAUUAGGAGGAGUGCCGCGUGCUGUGGUUGCGGAUGUGGGAUUGUUUAUUGGAUGGACGAUGCGGCGACGAAACUCGACUUGA